UCAGAAUGUCGAUCGAUCGCGAUCAUAUCAAUGAGUGGGUAUAACGUGCAUACACCGUACGUAUAUAUACGUACAUUUACAAUGUACAUUAUGUGUACGUAGCGUAUGCGUGCCAAGGUGAAAAAUAUUAAUUCUUGGCUGGAACAAAUGACAGAAAAUCCCUCGCAAUCAACGAGCACUUGCUGCAGAGAUCAACAUGUGUGUAGAUCCAACUUGGCUGCUGCUGCAUCUUCAGAUGGAUCUCCAAGGAUAAGGAGACAGUACGCCUGAGCAACAAAUUGGCGAAAUGGUAGCGUGCUUGGCCUUCGCUGAACAGAAAAAGUUGCACUUGAUCACACUUUACAGUAGCGGACCGAGUUCUCGUGGUAGGGCUGGGCGGGGAGAUCGGGCCGUUGACCGGUAGGGCGGAGUGGGCUGCGUCUCGCUCUCGCCCAUGGCAUGGCGCGGAAUGGGGACGACUUGAUGACCAGCUGCAAGCGCGAUGCCAAGCUGGAGAACUUCCUCAAGCAGAAGUUGAGCGAGAGCGUGUUCGAGAGGAUCCGGGCCUACGAGGCCUGUAUCGCUCAGUCCAAGAAGGUGAAGCGGAACUUCAAGUUCGCGGUGUUGACGGACGAGAGGAUUUACAUCACCGAUAACCCGCCCAAGUUCAUCCGGGAGGAGGAAUCGGUCCACCUGGGCGAUGUGACAUCCAUUCAGCUGGUGAAUGAAUUUCCUGAUUUUCUCAGUGGUGAUGAUAGGGAGAACUCCCAACACAUCUCGGUCAAAUACAGAACUGUCGUGCCAGUCACUCGUAGCAAGAGGAACCUGCGUGAUCUGUUGAAGCAAGAUAAGAAGAAUGGAGCUGAUGGAGACCUCUCCAGGAGCAGCCCAGGAAGCGGGACCAGCUCGCCGAGCCUCCGGCUGACCACCCCGAAGGGUGAAGUAGGCGACCUAGAAGAAAUGGCCCCCCGCCGAGCCAACGGGAAGAUGCAGUCCAAUGGGAAGGGGGCUGGUCUCCGGUUGAACCACAGCUUUGACGAGUCAGACCUGCGAGUGCUGCGCCAGAUGAUGGACAGUGACGGGGAAGAAUCGGAGCCGGAUCGGCUGUCACUGUCGCUGCCAGCAACUGAAUUGAGGAACCUGUCCGUGGGGAGCGAUGGCUCUCUGGGCAGCCUGGACCGAUUGGAGAAAUCCUCCUCGGCCUCCUCCCUCAACAAAGCCGGGGCUGUGGAGACCUGCCGGCCCCUUCCGUUGAGGCCUGCAACCAACCCAGGGGAAGCCCUCCGAAGCAUUGACACCCCGGAUACUCUCAGCACAGAUUUGGCGACAACUCUGGCCCUGCCCGAUCAAAGCUCGCGUACACAGAAGGGCAGCGCAACAGCCCACCGGACUCUCCCCUCACCCGAUGCAACGGCCCGCAUGAAAUCAGAACCAUUUCAGUUCCCUUCCUCCAAGAAGGCCAAUGGGAAAGUGAGCGGGGUCAAAGAAUCGGUUGUGAAGGAUGCCAACGGUAACACAACAGAGCGGCACAAGUUUAUGAAAUCCAAGAGCCUUGACUCAAGCUCCUCCAGGAGCAACAGCAGCUUUGGGGAAGACGGGGAGCAGGAAGAACUGAGGAAAGAGGAGGUCAUAGAAGAGCUGCAUGUCUACUUGCUCUCCCUCUCCUCGCCUUUCUUGAUGCAUCUCAGAAGCUCUUGGAACAACUACAUUGUUCGAUCCACUUUACUGAAGGAUCCCAAAUUGGCUAGUCGCAUGGGAACAGGCAAGAGUGGCAGCAAGCAUCGCCUUCCGUCCAGGGAGUUGCUGGAGCGUCAGUUCCAACAACUGAAGUUGGAGAUCCUCAACUCGGCCCAAUCAAUGCCCGACCUCUUCCAGCUGGUGCAGGAGCUGUGCAAUGCCGCUGAGAAGUAUUUCGUGCUCAAGAAGCUCUUCUGGAAGAAUGAAGAUCUGUUUGAGUUCAUGAUCACCCAGCUGAGUCGCUAUCUGCCAAAGUCACAGCUGCAAAUCCAGAACAACGAGAGGGGUCGACACCACAGAGCCGAUGAAUUGGAGUUAGCUAUUCUCUUGAUUGAGAGCCUCGGGUUAAUGUUCCGUGAGACGGAGAUGGUGCCGGGCAGAAUCAGCACCGUCAAGGCCAACAAUGGCAAAGCCGUGUUGGAUCUAGUCAUGGUCCUGACCUGUUUGCCAGAGGUGCCUCAACGAUGGCGUCCGCCCAAGAGCAAGGCCCACUCAUUGCUGCUAGAAACUGAUGCAGAUAGCUGGGAGACCUACGGAGAUGCAGAGGUUUUUAAUCUGGUCAAGGAGUUGACGGAUGCCUCCACGGCGGUGCUGUUUGAGCUGAUCCUGAUAGCCCACCAGGCCAAUUGGGGGAACAGCGAGGGGCGAUUCUUUAACAUCUGCUGGAUCAUCAAGGUGCUGGAGUCGCUGCAGACCACAACGUACAAGUUUGUGGAGAGAUUGAUCUCCCGAGCGAUGCGAAUGUUGAUGCCAUCCAGCAGCGAGGUGCUGACACCCAGUCAAGCUGUUCUCCUUUUCCAGCAGUUCUUUGUGCUCCAGACGCUCAUCCAGUACAGCAGUUCCAUCGCUGCACAUGUCCGCAACAAUUACACAGAGGAGUUCAGGUACUACGUCCGCUCUCCCCACAUCGUCAACAAACUCCCUCAGGAUUACCCAAUAACCAAGGUGACGCUGCAGUUGAUCAGCGAAGUUUUGAGCCAUGUGCUGCAAGAGCGAACUGUCCUACAAGCCCCUCGGUAGCUGCAGUGACUCGGCCGAGUGUCAAGAGUCCAUUGUGAUACCAGUUACAUCAACGGAACUAAAGUUUAGUCCCUCUUUGUACGUAGUAAAAGACAGACAAGCAGCAGUCAGCAAGUGUUGUAUUUUGGAUUUGAACUCUUUAACCAUUCUUCGGGCCGGUUCAUACUUCAGAUGAAUGCGAAAGUGAAGCCAGCUAGUUUGAGUGAAUUUCAUCUGAGUUGAAAUGUGCUCAACAUCUGCAAAUUAGCAGCUCAGAUAUUUGAUUUGACACCACAAAAGUUUGUUCAUGUCAUGUGCCAGUUGUUGACUGGCCUUCCACAUGCAUAGCAAAUUUGGCUCUGAUAUUUGGAUCCCAGUGGCGAUGGUAUUACAAAAUUCUUAAGCUGCAGAAACAAUCCUGGUGCCUACUAACAAUGGCCUUAUUGUACGAACUUGUUCUGUUUGCCCCGCUGCCACAAUCAUUUGAUGGAAGCUUGUCAUUGUUUGUGAAAAACUGUCGUCGUUGCAGUGAAAAACUGUUAUCACUGCGAUGAGAAUACUGCAACUUCUCCCCACCCGAUUCAGUCUGGUUUGUCUCAUGAUUGUACAUGGAGUCGCCAGGCUUUGGAAUCCAGCUGGUUAUUCGUUGUGACCUCGGACAGGUCACUUUACCCUAGCUACUUGCCUCUCUUUAAGCAGUAUAACUGGGUACCUGUGAGGGUAGAGACUGGUGUGCACUGAUAUCGGCCGCCAGAAUCAGUUUCGCAGCCAGAUGAACAGGGUUUAUAACUGUAAUUGUGCAUUGGGCAGCAGGACGGGUGGAUAUUUGCAAAUUAUCAAUACGCAUUAUCAUAAUUGGAGAAGUAAUGUUGAUUUCCUUUACUUUUACUUCUCAUGUAUGUCACUGCAGGUUAAACACUGUACAAGGACUGGCUUGGUUUUGUGUUUCCUCAUUUGUGUGAAUUCUUAGUUGCAUGUGUGAUUCAUUGACCCAGCUUUCAUUUUAAUGUGCACAAAACUGGUGCAUCUGUACUUGAGAUACAUAGAAGCGUGCAAGAGUAGAAGUGUGAAAGUGUCUUUCAGUAGCUGUAGUGCUUUGAUAUAUUUCCCACGUGAGCCAAGGACAUUUUUGGAUAUGUACAGAAUACCGAAGGGUAAACGUUGUAGCUAAUUUAAACAAACAUGGAUCUUUGAUCCUGAUUGGUUGCCUUGAUCCAUGGCAACCAAUCUUGCAGUUUGUACCACAGUCCAUAUAGUAAUGUGUUUUUGAGGUGGCCAAUAUAAUAGUAUAUGUGUGCACACUACAGAGGCAGGACAAUAGUUUUCUGUCUAACAUGAGACAGGAGCAGUUAGCCAUUACUCGAAAUGUCAGACGGUAGCACACACAAUUCCUAUUUGUAAUUAUCAGACUGUUCAUUCGUAAAGUUCUUUGUAAAAAAUAUAUGAAAAGAUUGAAAGCUGUUUUUUUUAAAGAACUUUUUCUUAUUUAGAAAUAUAAAUAGUGGAGCUGUGGUUAUAUUUUUGAGUGACAUGUUAGUUUGUAUUAGUUGUUUUCAGGCACUUUUAAGGUUUGUACGUUGUUAACUUGAAAUUUAUUUUUUCUCUUAAAAAUGAAUGAAUAAACAAUAAAGGCAAUACAGUCCAUUCCAGAUUAAACAAAAUGAUAGAUAUGAUACAGAAUGUCUUGUGAAUCAAACUGUGCCUUCAUCAGUGAUUUUAAGUCAGUGAAUUGACUAAUAAAAGUUCAAAAUUUGUGCCUUGAUUCGUUUACAUCUUAAAAUGGACCAAAUCCCUUUUAUCAUUAAUUGGCAGACUUCAUUAUUACCAAAUGUGCCUACAGUGCUACUGUAAUGCUGUAUUUCAUUGGCUUGUCACCGAAAAAUUCUAUAUUGAUAUAAUUUCAGUAUUGAAAGAUAGUAUUUAUAUCAAAUUUAAUAAUUUAUGGCAAAGUCUGUAUUAGUGACAUCGCAUGACAUUCAAUAUUCCCAUCGAAAAUUUCAGCAAUAUGCUUCAUGUGAUUAUUCCAAAAUAUAUCUAGGCUAAUUAUUACUAACUUCUUCUAACUGAAAUGUGUUGUAGUCUAGUUCCUGAUGAUAUAUUUUAUAAAAUGUUAAACAUGUCUUUUUAUUUGUGUGUGUGUUUAAAGAUUAGAAUUUUAUAUUGCAAGGGUGUUAUACCGGUACGUCAGUUUCACAUCCCCCUU